AUGCCCACAAACUUAAAUCCGUUCAUGAAUAAUACGCCUUCCUCCUCUCCGCUCAAGGGUUCUGAAAGUAAGAGGGUAUCGAAACGGCCAAUAUCCAGUUCGUCGUCUGCCUCACUAGUUUCGUCCCCCUCCAGGCGAUCUAGGCCGUCUACGGUAUAUGGAGAUAGGUAUAUUCCUGCCCGAACAGACAUAGAUUUCAAUUCCAUCGUUUCGAUCAGUAGCAUGGCAAGCGUUCCAGCCCUUAAUCCAUCGAGCACAGAAGAUCAAGUGGAGUACCAAAAGGAAAGACAAGCACAUGAAACGUAUAAUACUUUGCUGAAGAAUGAGCUUUUUGGUGAAAUGCUAAGUAAGGAUACAGUGGGCUCAGAAAGUAGUAUAGAUCGUAUUAAGAAUACGAGACCAUGUACUAGAGGCAACGUACACACAGAAAAUGCAACUAGCUACGGUUAUGAAUUGGAACGAGUAUCGACUCCACCUCCCGAAGAACCCAGUCUAGAAGAAUUUUCUCCACAUUCCACGCCAGUCACCCCUCGGCGUCUUUUCACAUCGCAGCAAGAUGAAGUCACGAGGCCUUCGAGCAAUUCGGUUAGAGGCGCCAGCCUGUUGACCUAUCAGCAACGCCAAGGCAGGAGGCUAUCUGCGGCCUCUCUGCUACAAUCUCAAUUUUUUGAUUCGAUGUCGCCAGUUAGGCCAGAUUCCAAACAGCUCCUAUUAUCACCUGGGAAGCAAUUUAGACAAAUAGCGAAAGUUCCUUAUAGAGUUUUAGAUGCUCCAUCAUUAGCAGACGAUUUUUACUAUAGCUUGAUAGACUGGUCAAGUACUGAUGUUUUGGCGGUUGCUCUUGGGAAAUCGAUAUUUUUAACAGAUAAUAACAGCGGCGAUGUUGUGCACUUAUGCGACACGGAAAAUGAAUAUACAAGCCUAAGCUGGAUUGGAGCAGGCUCUCAUCUGGCAGUAGGCCAAGCAAAUGGACUUGUAGAGAUUUAUGACGUAAUAAAAAGAAAAUGUAUCAGAACGUUGUCGGGGCAUGUCGACAGAGUAGCGUGUUUAUCUUGGAAUAACCAUGUUUUAACGUCUGGAAGUAGAGAUCAUCGAAUACUGCAUAGAGAUGUUAGAAUGCCUGAUCCUUUUUUUGAAACUAUAGAAUCGCAUACUCAGGAAGUCUGUGGCUUAAAGUGGAAUGUAGCAGAUAACAAACUUGCCUCGGGUGGUAACGAUAACAUGGUUCAUGUUUACGAGGGAACGUCAAAAUCUCCAAUUUUGACGUUUGACGAGCAUAAGGCUGCUGUGAAGGCAAUGGCCUGGUCUCCCCAUAAACGAGGAAUAUUGGCUACCGGCGGCGGUACAGCAGAUAGAAGAUUAAAAAUUUGGAACGUCAAUACGUCAACAAAGAUAAGUGAUAUAGAUAGCGGCUCUCAAAUAUGUAAUAUGGUAUGGUCAAAAAAUACUAACGAGCUUGUGACAUCGCAUGGUUACUCAAAAUAUAACUUAACUUUAUGGGACUGUCAUUCUAUGGAUCCAAUUGCAAUUCUGAAGGGUCAUAGUUUCAGAGUUCUGCAUUUAACAUUAUCCAAUGAUGGAAUCACGGUAGUUUCUGGGGCUGGGGACGAAACAUUACGAUAUUGGAAGCUUUUUGAUAAACCAAAAGCGAAAGUACAGCCGAAUUCGUUAAUAUUCGAUGCAUUCAAUCAAAUUCGCUAG